UAUCUGGUCACCCCAGAGAUCAGAGGAGACAAAUUCUGGUCCCAUCAGGCUCUGUCCCCCUGGUCCUAGGAAUCCAGACCUAACCCCACUGCCUGUAGGGGUUUUAAAGUUCCUUCCUCUGGAUCUUUGGGCGAACUCUAGGGUCUCUGAAAUACCCCGCACUUAAGAGGCAAUAGGCUGACUAGGUGACAGAUAAACACCACCUGCAGUAGUUCUGAGGUACUCGAACUGGCUUGGAUUUCCUAUUUAAUUCUUUACGAUCCACUUAUUGAAGACUUCCUCCUCAGCCCUAGAGGAGUGGAAAGUAGAUGCCAAAAAAGAGAAAGAACUGUGGAUUAUUGUGCUUAAAGAGAAAGGUAGAGUGGCUUGAGCCCAGGCUACAAACUGCUCUAUCCUCAUCCCUGGGUGACUAUUUCCAUUCUAAUCCUCUUCCAAGAGAUUCCAGCCAAGAGAUCAAGGAGGGAUUGAUCAACAAUUGAACAGAUAACAGAGCUGAAUCCCACCUGCAGCGUCAUGCAUUAUUCCAUUCUAUGCUCUGUCCUGGCCUUUCCUGCAUCCAUUCUUCUGGGCUUCCUCCUCAGCCUGGGAGCUACCAAAGAAAUUGAUGAAGAUCAGGUUGUGGAGGAAAAGAAGAUCUUGGCUUGGAUGAUGACCCAAGAGCAGAUCAACUCCGUGAGCAAAAGUCACUUGAAGACCUUCAAAGAAAUCCAGAACCCUUCAGAGCUUAGUAAUGCCUCCUAUCAACAGCUGGCUGGAACCCUGCCCAUCAAGAAAAAACUGAUGACUGUAGGUCUGUCCUCUAGGCAACAUCCCCAGGGCAACUACCUCAUGGGUACCUUGAAGUCACUAUUCCUUGCUUCCUCUGAGGAUGAGCUGAAGGAUAUCCUAGUGCUGGUCUACCUGACUGUCCUUGAUUCUACCUGGUUCAAUGAGACCAUCUCUGACAUUAUCAAGACCUUCAGUCCACAAACGGUGGCAGGGCAGUUGCUGGUGAUCCGUUCCUUGUCUACUCCCUAUCCACCUAUGAGGGCCCUGAAAACUAACCUCAGCGAGGCCUACUCCAAUAUAGUCCAAUUUAAUCAGAAUGUGGCCCAUGCCUUACUCAUGAACUUUGCUGCCAACCUCUCUAACUAUUUCUUGAUGAUUGAAGAUAAUGUCCACUGUUUGCCCAACUUUAUCACCUGCAUGUGGAGAGAGAUAGUGACCUGGGAGAUAGAUGACUGGGUGCUAAUGGAAUUCUCAACAUGGGGUUUCGUUGGCAAACUCUUGCAUUCCAGUGACCUCCCCCGGCUGGCUCAAUUCUUCCUCCUCUACAAGGAGGCACCCCCUGAAGUGCUUCUCUACCACUUCCGAAAGCUGCUUGACCAGAACCAUCCCAUCCAAUUCAGCCCCUCCCUCUUCUCUCAAGUGGGCUCCUUCAACAAGGGCAGCUCCGACAAACCAGAGUACAAGAUGGUCAAAUACAAGGACAGAGAGGAAGCCCCCAACAACCCACCUGCCACUGUCUACAGUAAUUUGUGGAUUUUAAAUCAUGUUUCUCCCCAAAUGGCCUACAUCCUAGGUGAGGGAGGGUUCUUCUGGGCACUGGAGCCUAAGGCUGGCAACCAUUUAACUGUGGUUUUGGCCAAGGCAGCCACAGUAACCCGGGUACAGGUGCUAACAGGCAGAGACCAGGAAAACAGUGAGAAGCUGAAGGAUGGAAAAGUAGAAUUAGGCUACGACCCCGAAGGAGAACCUGAAGCCUGUACCCGCUACAUUCUGCUGGGGUCACUGGUAAAUGGGAAGCUGGACCACAAGAUGCUGAAUAAAAAGACAGGGAAGAAUGUAAGCUGUCUGAAGCUAGUAGUGAGUACCUCUCAGCAUGGCCGAGUAAUGAUCAGGCACAUUAAUAUUUGGAGCAAGCCUGAGCAACAGAAGGAGAUUGAGAGAAUGAUGGAAAGAUUUGAGGGUGGGGCCUUGAAUUGACACCAGGGAUAAAAAAUUAAAAUCUUGAAAUCACUAUUGAAGUCUCCUUUGG